AACACAUCUUCAUCCCUGUACAUCAAAAUGAAAUUGUUUUUGGUAAGCCUUUGCUUAUUCGCUGUAGCAUCCGCUGCUCCAUCUGAAAGCAGUGAUAAGCUCGCUGCGAUUCGUGCUUUACCAGCGCUAGAGCACGAGGAAGUCCACGAUGAAGCCGGACAGUAUGCGCUACGGUACGUGACAGCGGAGGGCACCGUAGUUUCAGAACGCGGGCGUCUUGUACCCUCCCACGACGGCACUGGAUAUGUCCUUGUCACCGAAGGAGAGGUUUCAUACGUGAGCGAUGACGGCAAAACCUAUGUCACCAAGUACAGCGCUGGAUUAGAUGGCACCAAAGUGGAGGGAAGCCACCUUCCUACCCCCGUUGAAGUUCCUGCCAGCCCUUGA